AUGUCGCGACAAUCACAGUUUUCAGCGGUCACGGAAGGUAUGAGGUGAGUCUUUCACAUGUCGUCUGAUGCUUUUUGUCUUCUAAUUUAGUUUUAUUGUUUUGCCAAAAAACAGUGGAAGAUUUCAUCCCAAUAGAAACUCUCUUUAACCAAAAUUUCUCAAAGCAAAUCAUCAAAAAGCAAACAUAUAAAAAACGAAAAGAAACCAACAACAAACAAAAAUGCAAAAAACAAGUAAGCAGACUGAAGAAAAAACGUACAAAAGAUAAAAAGUUUUCUCGAGGAGUGAUUAUGUCCGAUGUCACACAUAGAAAAGCUCUCCGAGAAUUACAGAAAAAGUUAAGGGUGGAGAUCUGGGAAAAAGGCUUGAAACUUGAAAUAGACUCUAAUUCAUGUCUAUUCCUUUUGGUGAAAAAAAAAAAAAUGAGACUCAAACUUAUGGACCUUAGUUGUUAUUUCGACGUAUUAAAAAAAGAAAAUUAGACGGUUGCAGCCUUGGUAGGAUUUUUUUCUUUUCUUUUCUUUCUUUUUAUUUUUUUGUGGCCUUCUUGGGUACUUGAUUGAAGAAUGAAAGGUAUGAGGUUAUUUUUAGUCAGUCAAAGGUAAAUUGUUGUCGCCUGUAUUCAGUUACAAUGCCAGCACGUACAAGUUUAAAACGAGAAAAAACAAAUUGAAUCAUUUGAUACCCGAAACUAAUUUAUACUAAUUGCAGUGCUGCCCUACUAACUGGUUUUUCUCUUAAUAGGAGACGAAAGGGAGACUUUUUUAGUCAAACCGGUAUAGAAAGUGAGUUAUUUUGCACUAAAUCAUUUUGGUCACCAAACUUUUUCUGUUUUCCUAUUUAGACUACGCUGUUGACUGUAGCUCCGUUUUUUGAUACAUGUAUGUACAGGAAAGGUUUUACCCUCGUAUAUACCUAUCUCGAACUUUUGGGGCUAAGAUGCAUAGCUCUGACUGUCUGCAGGAGUACCAAGGUGAAACGUUUUUAGAGUCCCUCCCAUCAGAGGAAGUUAGAAGUAUUUCACAAUAGUGUCAUUGGAUCUUUAAAGUGAUAUACGUAGUUACAUUAAUGAAUAUGGGCAGAUAUUUUUCACUAAGGAAAUGACACACAAUCUAUAGUCUUUGCCACAGUCUAGUAUAGUCUUUGCCACAGUAACUGUGUAUGAGCUGGAAAUUAAGGAAAUCAGGACGAAAGAACCUUUCGUAAUAGAUGUGUAUGAUAAAGAUGCAUAUUUUUGAGUGAAAGUAUUUCACAUUAUCCUAAGCAAACGAUACAUAACGAAUUUCAAUGGAGCUCCUUCUUGACCAACUAUAAAGUUUUUGUGAUAGAAACUUUUAUGGGAACUUUCUUAUGACUCCAUGAGUACGAAUCCCUCACUUUCUUUACGAGGCUUUUAAUUUUACUUUGCAAUUGAAUGUAAGGGAAAGAUGACAUUUCAUAAUUGCAUUAAAAGCGAACGAAAUACGUUAAAGCAAGCGUUUAAACUCGACAAGUAAAUGCGACAAGUUAUUUCAGUUGUAAUUGACUUAAUUUCCUUGUCUCUUCAUUAGACUUCCUAACCUUAUUCAUACUGGUAAGAUGAAUGCAAAGCAACAAAAUUUCGCUGUGAUUGGAGGUGGUAACGAAGUCUUAGUAAGGGAAUUCAAAAACCAAGACCUUCACGACUGCCAAGAGAUUUUCACACAAGGAAUGGAGCAGUUGAUCAGCCUAAUAGUGCGUAAUGUUUUCCCAAAAUAUCUUUGGAUUUUAUCGGCUUGGGGCAUACUUGUUUUCGUUCUCGUCAUCAAAUUCCAAUGGACUGCAAACAUCUUCUCUCUUCUUGUAAUUACUUGUGUCUUUUUUGCUGCCUGGUUGUAUCUUAUUCUGUAUAUUGAAUGCUGGAAGUUCAUCGAUUCCUGUUUAGCAACGGACUUAAAGGAUAUUGGAAAAUCCUACAUGUCCAGUGAAAAAUGUCGCAUGUGGGUGGCUGAGUGGAAUGGUAAAGUUGUGGGAAUGGUUGGACUUAUUCACAAGGAAAGUCACAAACCAGGAGUGGCAGAACUUCAGAGGAUGUCUGUGUCACCAGCCUGUAGAAGAAUGGGAAUUGCUAAGAAACUGCUCGACGAACUGAUCAAAUUCGCAAAGGAUCAGCAACUCCAGAAGCUUGUGCUUACCACCACCAGUGCACAAACACCAGCCAUUCGACUGUACAAGAAAUACGGCUUCCAACUCAGAACCUCUAUUCCUUAUCCUAAAACGCUUCUUAGCGAUUUGCAAUACUAUCACUUUGAACUCGUGUUAUGACAUUAGCUGCUUUUCCCUUUUCUCUCUACAAAAGAUUCAAAUCCUCCUCAUAAUCAGUAAUUUGGUGAAUUAUCUUCCUUAAACUUUAAAGAAAAAGAUUUUUAAGGCAGCGGGUAAACCAGACCUUUGUGAGGGACAUUUAAACCUUCCCCUCAUGAUGAGAAACGUUGCAUCACGUAGACAAGAGCUAUACCCGUUGGACAUCAUGACUGUUUAAUUCAAUAUGAAGGCCAAAAGAUAUAUUCUCAGCUAUUGCGACUGCUCUUGCAGAUGGAAUUAUUUUGGGAAGAAAAAUGUUCAUGGAGUUUCUUUUGUCUACUAAAAUUUGCUCAUACUCUAAUUACCUUGACUUUCUAAUAUAUCACAUUCUAACUUCACCCUUGCAAUUAUCACGUUUCAACAAGUUUUAAACGAUUAUAGAGUUGGAUUACAGUCGGUUUGGUUUCCUCCCCACCAUUUGCUCGAGAUGAAGCUUUUGGCGUUCUCCUCUCGCUCAAAUAUGACAUGGAUGGCUUGAUAGAAGUUGUCGUAUACGCAGAUAAGUUGGCAUUAGUAAGUAAAUGUUACAGGUCUUCUGUAGUAGUCAUGAGACAGGAAAGACGCUAAGUCACCGAUUGCCACAAAUUGACCACAAAUUUGACCAAAUUCAUGAAUUCGCCAUUGUCAUUCGUUUCAAUAAUCUCCUCAGAAGAAAAAAAUGGUAAAACAUUAAACACAGACCAAAAAUCAAAAAAAUGAAACAGAAAAAAAGCAGGGUACAAAGAGGAAAAAAGACAAGCAAACGAAAAACAAAUCCCUUACACAUUACUUUUGACCUCUUUCACAUCUUAUAACAUGACUACAAGAUAUCGUUGAAACGUGUAUUCGUUUACGAAAGUCUUGACUACUGUAAAAUUGGCUCCUUUAAGAUUGAGACUGCUAAUGUGGAAACACAGUUGGGUAAUUGCUUUGUUAUUGCUUCGAAAUAGAAGCUUCACCAUACCUAUGAUAGGUGCAUAAUCUUGACUACCUUGCUGUGAUAUCAGAUUUUAUCCUUGUUGAUACACGAUGCAAAUUAUGCUGUGCCAUGUUAGUGUAAAUUUGCGUUGUAAGUACUAAAAAGAUUUAUCGACAUGUAUUUAUGCGUCCACUUUUUAAUUGCAAAGCGGAAAUAAUCAUACUAGGUUUUAGUAAGUCAACGUGAUAAAUAUUAAUUUCACGGGCCUAAAGAAGACUAGCAGCAUGCAGUCGAAAUGUCGCGAUCCACAUCCGAAGUGACAACAUCGUGAGACAAACGAUCACAUUUCCCUUUUGAAAUAAUGACACUAUUUCUAUGUCGUGGGAUAUCUCUGGUACUAUUAGUUGGAUAAUUAUAGCACAGAGUGUGUAAUUAUAAGACAAGGUAUCGUUUAUCCUCUCUUGCAUUGGAUGUUAAAAUUAGAAAAAGCUUUCUGAGGUGAGGGUUUGCAAGUACUAAAUUAAUUUGUCUUUUUUUUAGAAAUUUAUUCAACAACAACAGAAAAAACAUUUUAACACUUUCUUAAGGUUUGUAAAUUAAUUGUUUGCGCAGUAAAGAUCAUUAAAUGUACAAGUUUUUAUUUCAUUGUGUUCGGCUUUGAGUGAAGAGAGCAGAAGGACGAGAUGGUCGGAAAUUUUCAAAAAAUCGAUUAAGACCCGAGCCCCCUCCAACAGGUUGAAAUCCAACCCGCCCCGUGAUACAGGACACCAUUUGGAGUUCAGGAAGUGUAAUAUUAUUUUUCUUUUCUUCAUUGUUCUCUUUAACUUUUUAUAACUACUUGUUUGUUCAGCCCGACCACCUUAAGAAUUGCGUUUAGGUGGUGACUGGAAGAUUACCGAUUUGAUGAACAAUUAGGGAGACAGAAAACUUAGCGAAAUGAAAGCAAAUCAAAUUCAGUGACAUCUGCUACAGCACCUUCAUUAGAUGAUAAAUAUAGUUUAUCACAAGUUUCCAGAAGCUCUGUGGCUACGAGCGUGCAACCAAAAUGAAUCUUAAACAGUCACGACCCAUUGCUGUCAGAAGGAUGCCAUCGAAAAACUUAUCUUUAUUGCUUUUUAAGAAUUCUGCAUCAAAUCUCGUAUAAAACAGGCAUUGGAGUACUUCGCUUUCGCCUGAAAGGGGUGUAUUAUUUUGCCAACUAGGAUAAAGAGAACCAUAAAUUAUUCUGUUCUCUUUAAUUUCGCGUCCAUUUGUGGUAUUCCAACUGCACGAAUACAUCAAAGGGUUCAGUCUUUGAUCAUUUUAUCGUGGAUAUCACUUCUCUUCAGACAAAUAGAAAACCAAGAACCCCAACUUCAUACAACGCUGUCAGUGGUAGGGUACAGUCUGAUCUCAAUUGUGGGUACCUUGAUCAAUGAUCAGGGCUUUGCUCUUGCUGCCUGCAAUAUUGUCAACAUUAUAGCUAAGUUAUCUUUUUAUAUGUCAAUCACUUCUUAUCAGUUUGUUUAUCUAUUUUUUUUUCUCUUAUCUCUUCUCUUGGCAUUUGCCAAGUCUGUAAACGUUUCUUUGGUAAUGAUGACGUCAAGCAAUCGGUACACGUCUAGAAAACAAACUUCAGCCUCACGUGAUCCAGAAUAAUCUCAGGGAUACGUUUCCAUUCCUCGUCUGGAGAUAAGUUAUGAGUACCCUUUUAUACAUUUAAAGAGGGAAUCUAGAUUCUUUUUAUCCUAGCGUGCACAACUAAAAUUCGCGUGGUGCAUCGAGAAACAAUCAUUUUAAAGAAGUCACGAGACGCCAGGCUUUAAACAACAGCAUUCGACCUUACCGUGACCUCUUCAGUGGCAAUUAGUGAGGCAAUCUCUAUUUCGACAGCUUCAGACGGGAUCACCGGAAACGAGAUCUUUAACAUAAGCGACGUUACUGGGGCUUAAGAGGAUCUUCCUAUGAGGUCCUUAGUAACAGCCAUGUAUUUUAAGUACAGACGUAUAGCUUAGAGAGCCAAACGAUUACCAGCUAAACUUAAAAAAGGGACAUUUCGGUUGUGGAAACCAUCCAAUUCAAACACUGCUUGCCACUGGCGAUUGACCACACAAAGCGAACUACUCGCCAGAAAAAUUGUCAGACCUGAGGUCGAAUAGGGUUUCGGUGCAAUUUCGUGUAGAAAAAAAGAUCCCUUUUCUUAAAAAACAAACAAACAAACAAAAAACAAUGAAGCCAUAAAGUCGCCUGUUCAUCGUUGUUAUUUCAACGCGAUGGCAUGCGAAGACGACCUCAGAUUAGGGAAUGUCUUGAUUUAUUUUUUUUUCUGUUUCCUUAACGAUGGCUGUUACGCAGCCAGUAUAAAAGUGAUUGGAUAGAAAAUCUGAUAGAUUUUUAUUGUGGUGGCGAGUCAGUAAUUAAGCAAGCAUGUAAUUAAGCACACAAGCAAGCAAGUGCUAUUGUAUUUCUCGAUGUCUUCAUACCGAGCUUACAUCUAAUUCCUCGUUCUUUAGCCCGGCCGCUUCCACCCUUGACCUAUGAACCUGGAAAGGUAUGUUACUCAGAAAAAAAAGGAAAGGCACAGGUCCUAAAAUUGACUCUUAGAGUAUACUUUGCUCCACAGCCAAUUGUCCGGAUAUGGUUUUCUCUAAUGAGAUCUAUCGCUUUCUCUCAGACAAAUGAGAUUCAAACCAGUUAACUUAGCAAACGAAGGGGUUACACCUUAAAUAGACAACUUUUGGGAGGAGCUUGAGAUAUGUAGAAUGUCCUGAUCAAAGGGCUGUUUGUAGAUCAUGCAGAAGUUGUUAUUACAUAAGGAAUCCACACAGUAGAGAGCUGACCAAGUGUUUUUCAAGAAUCUUUGGGGAGACAUGUAAAACAGAUAUUGCAAGGUAAUAUUUUGUUGUUUUGCCCGCUUUCAACUGGAAUUUAAAGGUGGUAAAGCCGUGAGUUGUUAGAGAGGCCAUACAUCUAUUGCAUACGCCAAAAAUAUUUCCAGCUUCUUUUAUCAUUGAUAAGAAAUGCAAAGUUGCUUGUUAAAACAACCUUUUGCCAUUUCCCUUGGAAAUCAACUCGGCGGUUGAUAUGCGAAAAAAGCUGGCAUAAUUUCGGGAGCGGGAUCGUACAAAUUUGUGGCGUUACGCCACGGCUGUUCCUUUGUUUAAGCGUAAUCCAUCGCAUGAAAGAAGGACACAUUUCAUGUUACAAAAUUGCCAAUGAUAACUGUCUGUCUGUCCGUCAACGACCCAGGCAAUGAUAGGCAAUGAUUUACUCGUGCAACAGACCAGAGUGCGAGAAGGUGGUCCACGAAAUGACCUUUCUCCAAAGGCUUCUGUGUUCAUCAAUGUCUCAAAUAUUUUGGGAUGUCGUGCCUCAACAAACAAGAGCAGCGGCCUAAUAUUAAUGCCCUAAUGACGCGACGAUCUCAGAGUUCUUAGUCACGAAAGAAUCUUUCACUCGUCUGCUUUUGCCUUAGAUUUAGUAGUUGUUGCUUUCUCUCCAAUCUCCAUUUCUUGUUCAUGUAAAAUGGUAAAAUAUAUAAGAGAAAUUAGAAAACAAAGCGGAUCAAAAUAAUUAUAAAAUAAUAUGGUAGAAAAACAAUCCAUGACUAACAUACCAUUAAUAGCCUUAAAAGAAAUAACUAAAAUUUUGAAAUUAAUUCUCAAUUUAACGGGCAACCAGUGCAAAGAACGUAAAACUGGUGUUAUAUAACAGACAAACUAACCUGGCUGCUGUAUUUUGAAUUCUUUGCAGCUUAGCUUAUUUAAAUAAAUAUCAGGCACUCUAAAAAGAAGGCUAUUACAAUAAUCUAUUCUUCCCAUUACUAAUGCAGAACUAACAUUGCUAACGCACCUUAAAUUAUGUAAAAAAUAAAAUGCUGCAUUACAUGUUUUAUUAAUAUGUGUAGUGAGACUCACGUUCGCAUCGAACCAUGUACCUAAGUUCUCUGCAACAUCUGUUGGAGUUACUCUAACGUUACCAGUGGGUAGAUGGCCGACUUUAACUUUCACCAACUGCUGUCUAACAACAAGAAUAGUAAUAAGAAUGCUAAUAACCCUAAUAAUGAUAGUGAUAACCAUGACGAUCGAAAUUAUGAUAAAAAUAAAGAUCCACAUGCCUGUUGUCCACAAUUUUUUUUUUGUGAGAUUAGCAUUUAUGAAAAUUUUUCAUUACGUAAUUAUAAUUGAGUUUGUACUCUCUGUGCUUUUCAGAGCUAUAUCAAAACCCGUAAUUCAAACAACUGAAAUAAGUGAAGAUCGAGACUGAAAUCUCUUAACUUAGGUCAUCUAAUUUAAGAGACUCAAACCCGUAUGUUUUAGUUGCUCAGAGUCAUAUCAGAGUUUGUACUCUCUGUGCUUUUCAGAGCUAUAUCAAAACCCGUAAUUCAAACAACUGAAAUAAGUGAAGAUCGAGACUGAAAUCUCUUAACUUAGGUCAUCUAAUUUAAGAGACUCAAACCCCUUAUGUUUCAGUUGCUCAGAGUCAUAUCAGAGUUUAUACUCUCUAUGCUUUUCAGAGCUAUAUCAAAACCCGUAAUUCAAACAACUGAAAUAAGUGAAGAUCGAGACUGAAAUCUCUUAACUUAGGUCAUCUAAUUUAAGAGACUCAAACCCCGUAUGUUUUAGUUGCUCAGAGUCAUAUCAGAGUUUGUACUCUCUGUGCUUUUUAGAGCUAUAUCAAAACCCGUAAUUCAAACAACUGAAAUAAGUGAAGAUCGAGACUGAAAUCUCUUAACUUAGGUCAUCUAAUUUAAGAGACUCAAACCCCGUAUGUUUUAGUUGCUCAGAGUCAUAUCAGAGUUUGUACUCUAUGUGCUUUUUAGAGCUAUAUCAAAACCCGUAAUUCAAACAACUGAAAUAAGUGAAGAUCGAGACUGAAAUCUCUUAACUUAGGUCAUCUAAUUUAAGAGACUCAAACCCCGUAUGUUUUAGUUGCUCAGAGUCAUAUCAGAGUUUGUACUCUCUGUGCUUUUUAGAGCUAUAUCAAAACCCGUAAUUCAAACAACUGAAAUAAGUGAAGAUCGAGACUGAAAUCUCUUAACUUAGGUCAUCUAAUUUAAGAGACUCAAACCCCGUAUGUUUUAGUUGCUCAGAGUCAUAUCAGAGUUUGUACUCUCUGUGCUUUUUAGAGCUAUAUCAAAACCCGUAAUUCAAACAACUGAAAUAAGUGAAGAUCGAGACCGAAAUCUCUUAACUUAGGUCAUCUAAUUUAAGAGACUCAAACCCCGUAUGUUUUAGUUGCUCAGCAACUAAAACGGUGUUAAACCAUCGUGUGAAAGACAUGUUAUAGCGCACGUAAACCGCUCCUAUGCUUUUAGCUGAGGUUUCUACGAUGUUGAGUUCUUUGAUACUUGAUAAAAGUAUGAAUGGCAUGAAGUUAUUUUAGGCAAUCAAAGGUAAAUUGUUGCCAGCCUAUAUUCAAUUACAAUACCAGCACGUACAAGUUUAGAACAAGAAAAUCCUCAUCGAAUCACCUGAUAUCCGAAACUAAUUUCCUUUACGUUCACUUUAACGUAAACUUCUGCUCUGCUAGCUGAUUUCGGUGCAGGAGGCGAGAGAGGGAAGCUUUUUUUGCUGAAGACAACGUAGAAAGUGAGUCAUUUUUCAGUAUACUCUUUUCGUCUCUGGUGUAUCUGGUGUAUCAUUUUAGGACUAAACUAUUGACCGUAACUCUGUUUUUUUGGCACAUUUAUGCGCAAGAAAAGUUCUGGCUGAGAUAUGUUUUUCAAACAUUUGGAGCUUAGUCACAUAACUCUUACAGACUGCUAGAGCAGCGGGGCGAAACACCGUUAGAGUAGUUUCAAUUUGGAUAUCUUGGAAGUAUUUUGUGGGAAGGCAACUGGAUCUUAAAUAUGAUAUUCUGUGGAUACAUAUCAGCAUACGAGAAAAGGUUUUCCAUUGAGAGAAAAAAAAACACAUGAUUUAUUGUCUUCACCAUUGAAUGUAUGUGGAUCAGUCUGGUAACCAAGUUAAAAGCAGCCAUCGCAAUAGGGGGUGAACUGAAGUUAUAAGGUUUUAAGCUAAGCUUUGCAGAUUCCAUAGGCAAAUAAUUGUGUAAUGUAUUGUAAAGAAGUUAAAUCUGGACUGAUUUAAGAUUUAAAGUGGAAAGAUCGAUUCUGAAAUCCCUCUUGUUCGAAGACUUUUUCAACAAUGGAUGUCCUCGUCAACUUCCUUCACUCAGCUUACCCUUCGGAAGGAUUGCAUACCCAAUUCCGCCAGCUGCUAUAUUGCAAGCCGGCUAUCAACUGAUCGCAUGGAGUGAAUUGACAAAUAAACUGCCUUAGGAGCGAGAAAAACUGAUACAAAGUAAGUAAAUUGCACAAAAUAUUUAAUUUCAAGAUUAAGCCAAUUUACCUUGUCUCUUUAAUAGACUGAUAGACAGCACCAACUUAUGCUCACUGGUAAGAUGAAUGCACAGCUGCAAUCUUUCGCUUUACCUAGAAGUGGUAAUGAAGUCCUGAUUAGGAAAUUCAAAAACACAGACCUUCACGACUGCCGAGAGAUUUUUACUCAUGGAAUGGAACAGUUGAUCAGCCUAGUAGCACGCGUUGUUUUCCCGAAAUAUAUCUGGAUUCUAUCGACAUGCAGCGUCGUUGUUCUCGUUCUUGCCCUCGCAAUCAAGUGGAUCGUAAGCUUUUUUCUCCUCUAUAUGAUUGCUUGCGUCGUAUUGGCGGCCUCGUUGUAUUCAAUGCUGUAUAUGGAAUGCUGGAACUUCAUCGAUUCUUGUUUGGCAACGGACCUGAAGGACAUCGAUAGAUGCUACAUGUCUAGUGAAAAUUGUCGCAUGUGGGUGGCUGAGUGGAAUGGUGAGGUUGUGGGAAUGGUUGGACUUAUUCACAAGGAAAGUCACAAACCAGGAGUGGCAGAACUUCAGAGGAUGUCUGUAUCACCAGCCUGUAGAAGAAUGGGAAUCGCUAAGAAACUACUCGACGAACUGAUCAAAUUCGCAAAGGAUCAGCAAUUUCAGAAGCUUGUGCUUACCACCACUAGUGCACAAACACCAGCCAUUCGACUGUACAAGAAAUACGGCUUCCAACUCAGAACCUCUAUUCCUUAUCCUAAAAAGCUUCUUAGUGAUCUGAAACACUAUUGCUUUGAACUCGAGUUAUGACCCUGGUUGUUAUUUCUUCCUCUAAACUGUCCACUAUGGAUUUGGAUUUAACUUGUCAUCAAUAUUUAGGUGAAUGUCCUUGCUACACUCCUUAAUGAAAGAACGGAGAGGUAAGCUAAUUAAUUCUGACCAUAUCUAAGUUUUCAGCAGCGUCGAAUUAUUAAAGCAAAUGGUGUUUUUAUUGAUAAAUGACAAUUUUCUCAUCCUGAAUUCAAAGCGCAUAACUCAGUAAUAAAAUCUAAAACUCAAACAUAUUCCUUCAGCUAUUGUGGUGGUCUUGCAUUUGGAGUUAGGCGGUAAAAAACAUGCAUUCAUUCGCAUUAUUUUACUCAUAUUAUUAUUACGUUUCAAAAAAUGAAAGACUUAGAUUAAGGUGGGCUACCUUACCUCCUCUACUCCCAUUACUUUCCACGACAUGAAGGCCUUCCAUCCUCUUGGCGCAGAUUCGGCAUAGAUAGCUUCAUCAAGUCGUUACUGAGAAUGGAUUUCAUUUCUCCCACUUGAUCGAAAUUUCCUGUACUUUCAAAUAAGCUGUGAUAAGUGAGUACACAGAGUAGGUAUUGUUGGCCAUUGGCCAAGCUACAGAAAAGAAGCCAAACUGCAUAGUCUCAGUAUGCGAGAUUUACAAAUUCCUGACCACGUUCAACUAACAAUAAACUCUAAAUAAUUCCCGUGAAGGUUCUUCAUCUUCUUCCAUCCUUGUUCCUUCUUGUCAUAUCAGUGCCCCCUUUAAGGUUUUGCGAUCUUGUUGAACUGUUUGUUCCAAAAUGUCGAGUAUGAAAUCAGUUUUUGAUGCUUCCCCCCUCCAAGAAAAAAAUACGAAAUACUAUAAUUGAUUAAGCUGCUUUAUGGGGAUUGAGACAAUUCAUGUGGAGACGAAGCUGGGUGAUUUUGUUUUUCCGGCUUAAAAUAAAAGCUAGACCUUCCUGGUGAUGGAUACAUAAUCCUUACUAUUAUCUUAGUUUAAAUAUAAGUAGUUUGUUUUCAUUUUUAUAUGUGGCAAGUAUAGAAGUGCCAUAUUAGUGUGCACCUGGAUUGUAUUAACAAAAUGCGAUUACGUAAUUAUUAUGAGUCCAUUGCAAAGCGGAAAAUUUUAUUAUUUUUAAUGACUAGGGAAUUUUCGGGAACUUUUUAGUAAAUAUAAGACAGAAUAUGGCAUCAAAAUUACGAAAGAAAGAUGUUUCUGGUGUUGGGGG